AUGAAGUCGGCCAUUCUUAGUGUGGCAAGGGUGGUGACAUUUGAAGAUCUCCAGGACGAACGGGCAAAGCGUGCUGAGAAAGCAGCUGCCAAAGCAGCUAAGGGCAAGGUGAAGCCUGGUAGGAAACCAAAGAGUACACCAUUGCAUCCAGGAGAAGCAACUGCGAGUAAGGGCACGCGUGGCAGAAGGACCAAAUUUGCUGUGCCAGAGCAAGACCCUCAAUCAGAACUAAUAUAUGAUGUGUCUAUGCAAGCAAGCGGCACAAAGGUCGUAGAGGAGGCCAUCGCAGGUCAGGUAGAUAAUACGAAGGGCGCAGCGUAA